GCAAAUAAUCAGUUAAGCACAGUAUCUUCUUCUUGUAUCUUCUUCAUGCCAGCCAUAGUCCUCUUAAAGUCAUUAAUCAAUCACUUCUCUCAAUUCCCCUUCAAGCAGUUCCUUAUUCUCUCCUUCUUACACAAACAAACACUAUUUUUUCCCUCUAUCUUCUCGUCCAAUUCGAUUAAAUGGAGUUUGAAGUAAAACAUGUAAGCGGAAUAGAAAAUUGCUUCAUUUCCCUCCCUAUUCAACUUAUCCAAACACUAGAAUCCACCCGACCCGGCGAUUUCCACUCUCAAAUCCUCACUCUGGAGCUCCGCUCUUCAACCACUGACCACCAGUGGGUUGUUGCUUGGUCCGGUGCUACCUCAUCUUCUUCUGCAAUUGAGGUUGCUAGACAAUUUGCGGAUUGUAUUUCUUUGCCGGAUCGUAUUAGUGUUAAAGUGAGAGCGGUUUCUAAUGUAGCAAGUGCCACUUUAGUUACUAUAGAGCCUAGUAGUGAGGAUGAUUGGGAAGUUUUGGAACUUAAUGCUGAUCUAGCUGAGGCUGCCAUUUUGAAUCAGGUCAGGAUAGUACAUGAAACGAUGAAAUUCCCUUUGUGGCUGCACGGUCGCACUAUCAUUACAUUCCAUGUGGUUUCGACGUUACCCAAGAAAGCGGUGGUUCAACUUGUGCCAGGAACUGAAGUUGCAGUUGCUCCUAAGAGACGCAAAACAGAUUUGAACAAACAAGAUCUGCAGUCAUCUAGUAAAGAGUUCAAGAUUACAAAGGCGCUGUUGCGUCUCCAGGAUUCAGAUAGAAGAUUGCUCCACAGAAGGGAGGUUGAAGGUGUUGAGCUGGGUGUUGUGCUCACUUCCGUUGCUUAUAUACAUCCUGAAACUGCAACAAGAUUCUCAUUGGACUCUCUUCAGUUGGUUACUAUUGUGCCAAGAUUAUCAUCAAAGGAGACCAUAAGGACACCUGAGAGUGAUGUUUCGAGAACAAAAAACUCUUCUGCCCUUAAGGAAAUUAAAAAUGACAUUUUGACUGACAAGAAAGAGUAUCGCCAAGCGAUUGUUCGCAUUGUAUUUUCAGAUUCAGUGGCUAAAGGACAUCUAAUGAUAGCUAGGUCCCUUCGUCUUUAUUUGAUGGCAAGCUUGCAUUCAUGGGUUUAUUUAAAGAUUUGCACCAUGGAUUUGAAGGAAGAUAUUACCUCUCUCUCACUUUCUCCUUGCCACUUUAAGAUGCCUGGGCAGGAUAAUGCUAUUGAGAAGAAUAGUUUAGAAGUGCUCGAUCAGCGUAUAAUUCAAAAGCCAAGAAACUUGGUUUCAGGAGGCUCAGGCUCCUAUAUGGGUACUGUAGACUGGUCAGUACAUGACAGAAUUCUUGCAGCUCUUUCAAAUGAUUUUCCUUGUGAAGGGGGUCAAGAGACUAUUUAUCAAUCUAAUAAUAGAAAAGGUUUAAGAAGACUUCUGCAAGCUUGGUUUCUCGCACAACUUGAUGCUAUUGCUUCAUUUGCUGGAUCGGAAGCUAAUUCAGUAAUUUUAGGAAAAGAAACUAUACUUCAUUUUGAAGUGAAAGGAUGUGAUGUUGAAUCUGAUAGGAAAGAUGAGAUACUGGCAACGUCUAAUUCAAACGGAUUGAUAGAAAAGAGAAAAAAUAAUGGUGAAUUGCCACUUGAAUUCCUCUUUGUACUGACUAUUUCUGAGGAAUCUAUGCAUGGAAGACAAGCUUGCUCAUAUAAGCUUUCCUUUGAUGAAAGGAAAAAGGACAAUUUAGGAGUCAUGGAGUUGUUUGGAAAACUGAAAUUGGGUGGUCCUGUAUCCAUGUAUGCUCUCAAGGAGAGAAACUCUCACAAAGGCAUUAGUGCAAAUUUAUCUUCUUUGAGCUGGAUGGGAACUACUGCUGCUGAUGUAAUUAACAGAACCAUGGCGUUGUUGUCUCCCACUUCUGGAAUGCUGUUUAGCACUUACAAUCUUCCUUUCCCUGGACAUGUUCUCAUAUAUGGACCUCAUGGUUCUGGAAAGACUAUUCUAGCAAGAGCAGUUGCAAAAUCUCUCGAAGAACAUGAAGACCUCUUAGCACACAUUGUGUUUGUAGGGUGCUCUGCACUUGCUCUAGAAAAAGCCUCAAUCAUUCGUCAAGCACUUUCUGCUUACAUAUCUGAAGCUUUGGAUCAUGUGCCAUCUCUCAUCAUAUUUGAUGAUCUAGAUACAAUUAUUUCAUCUUCUUCUGACGGAGAAGGACCACCUCAACCUUCAACCUCUGUUGUUGCCCUCACAAAAUUUCUCACAGACAUUAUGGAUGAAUAUGGGGAGAAAAGAAAAAGCUCAUGUGGAAUUGGUCCAAUUGCUUUUAUAGCUUCUGUACAUACUCUGGAAAGUAUUCCUCAGUCACUGAGCUCCUCAGGACGGUUUGACUUUCAUGUGCAACUGCCUGCUCCUGCUGCCUCGGAACGCCAGGCUAUACUAAGACAUGAAAUCCACAGACGAUCCCUUCAAUGCACAGAUGAUAUUUUGCUAGAUGUAGCUUCCAAAUGUGAUGGUUAUGAUGCAUAUGAUCUGGAAAUAUUGGUCGAUAGAUCUGUACAUGCUGCCAUUGGCCGUUUUUUGCCUUCUCAUUUUACUUUUGAAAAGAAUGAGGUACCCACUUUGAUCAGGGAUGAUUUUUCUCGAGCAAUGCACGAGUUUCUUCCAGUUGCCAUGCGUGAUAUUACUAAAUCUGCUGCUGAAGGUGGUCGCUCUGGGUGGGAUGAUGUUGGUGGUCUUAAGGACAUAAGAGGUGCUAUUAAAGAGAUGAUUGAACUACCUUCCAAGUUCCCAAAUAUUUUUUCUCAAGCUCCUCUAAGGUUGCGGUCUAAUGUUCUCUUAUAUGGCCCUCCUGGUUGUGGCAAGACACACAUCGUUGGUGCUGCUGCUGCUGCUUGUUCCCUGCGAUUUAUAUCAGUCAAAGGGCCUGAGCUGCUGAACAAAUAUAUUGGUGCUUCUGAGCAAGCUGUACGUGAUAUUUUCUCAAAAGCCACUGCUGCAGCUCCAUGCCUUCUUUUUUUUGAUGAAUUUGAUUCAAUUGCUCCAAAAAGAGGGCACGAUAAUACUGGAGUAACUGAUCGUGUUGUUAAUCAAUUUCUCACUGAAUUAGAUGGUGUUGAAGUAUUAACUGGUGUUUUUGUAUUUGCUGCAACAAGUAGGCCGGAUCUACUGGAUGCUGCAUUGCUGAGACCUGGUAGGCUAGAUCGUCUUCUUUUCUGUGAUUUCCCGUCGCUGCAGGAGAGGUUGGACAUCCUUGUGGUUCUUUCUAAAAAGUUACCCCUGGCCGAUGAUGUAGAUUUAGAAGCCAUAGCUUGUAUGACAGAAGGGUUUAGUGGAGCUGAUCUACAAGCUCUUCUGUCAGAUGCACAGCUUGCAGCAGUUCACGAACAUCUCAGAUCAGACAGCAGAGAACCUGGGAUAAUGCCCGUCAUAACUGAUGCUUUGCUGAAGUCUAUUGCUUCCAAAGCAAGACCAUCUAUUUCAGAAUCUGAGAAGCAAAGGCUAUAUAAUAUUUAUAGCCAGUUCCUGGAUUCAAAGAAAUCUGCUGCUGCUCAGUCGAGGGAUGCAAAAGGUAAAAGAGCUACUCUAGCAUGACAAACACUACCAGUCACCCACAUUGAGCUGGAAGAGGAGCUAAUAUUCUCACAAGCAAUACAAUCGUGGGAAACAAAAAAGAAGAGAAAAGGGAAUGCCACAAGUAUUUAUUCCCAUACACCAGAUAGAUUUUGAUUUAUUCAUUUCUCUACUCUUUGUAUCUAAACGAGUGAAGAGAAUCUUCUGAGGUGGAUAUGUUUACGUCGAUGUAAAUAGUUUUCAUCAUCAUUCUUCAUUAGGACUCUUGAGACUUAAUAGCCCGCAUCAUCAAGUGUAAUCUCAGUCUAGAACUAGAUUAACUGUUAUGUGAAUCAAUAUCCAAUACUUGAUUGAUCUUGCAUCAUUCUUUUUGAAUAAAAUUAGGGUGUGACUAUAAAUCUUA